UUUGCAAGAUGGCGGCGUCUGUCAAAAGUACACUGUUGCGCUGACAGGAGGGACGGACGGUCCUAAGAUAUGAGUAUUAUAUAAAGUACGCGUUAGACAGGUGCAAAUAGACUGUACUAAUCCUACGGAUUAAUAGUGAAUAAAACUACAAAUACAAGAAUGUCGUUGCAACGAAAGUAGAAAAAUUUGGAGCUACCUUUGAUACAAGUAUGGAAAAGAGGGGCAGUGCAGAGCUUCUUAGUGCGGAGCAAAGUAACUCGAAGAAUGCCAGUUCAGAUUCCCUCAACUCAGACAGCAAGAGCAGUUCGCUUAAUUCGAAAAUGGGCCAAGAAUCGGAGAGUUGGGAUAAAGCGUCACAUUCAAAAAGUUUUUCCUCAAGCUCUACUUCAACAGAUAAUAAUAUAGUCUCUGCUCUAGAGGCUAAAAAAGAUAAUCAAGUAAAAAAUUUGUCUGGAGGGGAUACGGGACCACCACUCCUGAAUGGAGAACGAAUGCAAGGAAUUCCGCACGAAGUCACAUAUUUGUGUCCUUAUUCGGGACCUGCCAGGGGGAUUCUUAGUGUUACAAACUACAAGCUCCAUUUUCGUAGUAUAGAUCGAGAAACGCCUUACAUUGUUGAAGUGCCGUUGGGCGUCGUCAGCCGAAUUGAAAAAGUCGGCGGUGCGUCGAGUAGAGGAGAAAAUUCUUACGGGAUCGAAAUAUUUUGUAAAGACAUGAGGAAUCUCAGAUUUGCACACAAGCAAGAGAAUCAUUCCAGACGAGAUGUGUUCGAGAAGCUACAACAGUAUUCCUUUCCAUUAUCUCACAAGUUACCUUUGUUUGCCUUUGAAUACUCCGAGUCGUUUUCUGAAAAUGGUUGGAAUGUUUACGAGCCUAUCGCAGAGUUGAAAAGAAUGGGUGUAAAUAAUGAUAUGUGGAAGAUAUCCAAAAUCAACGACACGUAUUCGCUAUGCGACAGUUAUCCAGCUGUCUGGGCAGUGCCUGCUGCGGCGACCGACGAGGAUCUUCAAGCAUCCGCCUCUUUUAGAAGUAGAUUUAGAUUGCCGGUUCUCUCGUGGAUCCAUCCGGAAAGCCAAGCGACGAUAACUCGUUGCGCACAGCCACUAGUAGGCGUCGGCGGUAAACGGAGUCGCGAGGACGAGAGGUACGUCCAGCUGAUAAUGGACGCCAACGCACAAAGUCAUAAACUCUUCAUCAUGGACGCGCGGCCGAUGCCAAACGCGAUAGCGAAUAAGGCGAAAGGCGGCGGAUAUGAGAGCGAAGACGCUUAUCAGAACGCGGAAUUGGUCUUUCUCGAUAUUCACAAUAUACAUGUUAUGAGGGAAAGUCUCAGAAAGUUAAAAGAAUUAUGUUUCCCUACAAUCGAUGAAGCUCGAUGGUUGUCUGGCAUAGAAUCAACAAUGUGGCUCAAACAUAUCAAGUGUGUUCUCGCUGGGGCUGUGAGAAUUGUGGAUAAAGUCGAGAAUCAUAAGACCUCUGUUCUAGUUCACUGUUCCGAUGGUUGGGAUCGAACAGCACAGCUUACAGCUCUCGCAAUGUUAAUGUUAGAUCCAUAUUAUAGAACGGUCAAGGGAUUCGAGGUACUAAUAGAAAAGGAGUGGCUUAGUUUUGGGCACAAAUUUCAACAGAGGAUAGGCCACGGAGAUGAACAUCACAGCGAUGCGGAUAGAUCGCCGGUGUUUCUACAAUUUAUCGAUUGCGUAUGGCAAAUAACGCGACAAUUCCCCAACGCUUUCGAAUUCAACGAACAUUUCUUAAUCACUAUAAUCGAUCAUCUCUAUUCUUGCCGAUUCGGCACAUUCUUGUUCAGCAGUGAACGGGAAAGGAUACACGAACAAGUGAAGCAAAGAACAGUCUCUCUCUGGUCGUAUACCAACAGUCAAUUACCUCUCUACCUGAAUCCGCUUUAUCGUUCUGGCACGAAUUAUCAGCUUGUCCUAAUGCCAGUCGCGAGUAUGCGGUAUAUCAAACCAUGGAAGAGUCUUUAUUGCAGAUGGAACCCCAGUAUGCGACAGCAGGAUCCGGUCUAUCAAAGAACGAGGGAGCUUCUAGUCUUGAAAGAGCAGCUCGAGAAACAAUUGGAGGAAGGUAGGCGUGAACAGGCGUCUAGAGCGAAUCGGUCUGUAACUUCGCCGGCGCCACCCAGGAUACAUUCCCCGGUUCACACAUAGCGUCGUUGGAAACUUGGAUCGUCUGAUAAUCUUUGUAGUUUUGUAAAUGAGCUAUAAACUCUUGGUCUACUCGAGCCAGUAUAAGAUAUUUUGACUGAUUCCGCUUGUGGAUGCUAUGUACAAUACGCCCACACUCGAUAAAGAUAAAUCUAGACUCGUAUGCGCAUUUGUCUGCAGUUCAAUGAAUUCAUCGCAACCGUAAGUUAAGUGCAACGCUCCUUCCAAUUGCAAUUUAAACACCAAUGUAAACUAAUAUACCCGGCCUUAUCCCAUUCAUCGAUAUAUCGAGAUUUCGCAUAAACAGCGGAAUAAUAUCUCAGGUUUAAAAAGUCGAGUUUAUUUUUUUAUCCGAAAUGUAAUUUUCCAAGAGAUGCAACAUUAAUUCAACUACUUACGCUAAUUACGGAUUAACGAUAUUAUAGUAUUUCUCACAAUUUCGUACGUGAAAUUACAAUCUCGUGCCCCCUACUUUUCCUUUUGCUGCGAGAUUGUAUUAGCAUUCGCAAUAGCAUGAUGAACGGCGCUUCUGCCAUUAAGGAUAACACAUAAGCGCAGAGGUAGCUAAUUACAACUUGUCCCAUAAACAUAGUUGCCUGAAAACAAAAAAUUGAAAUAAUAAGCUUUGCUGAUAACGAACGUUCUUUAAAAAAACUUUUUUUUUAAGACUUUUACAUAUAUUUACCAAGGACAGAUACUCCAAAUGAACUGUUGUUUCGUUGUGCAGACGAAUCGAGUGUAUGAUGAAAGGAUUCAAAAGGUAAGCACAAUAUGUAAGUCUGCUAAGAGGAAUCCAGACUUUGAACGAUAGCACUUUCUUGACGAUACCUGUAAAUAGGGACCGUUUUAGGUGUAAUCAGAAAAUAUUUUUCUAAAUUGAAUUACGUGUCAUUUGUUCUAACAACGCUCGUUGGAAGCGUGAUUAAAAUUGAAAUUAAACACAA